CACUUUACAAAACACAAACUGUUUCAGCAGGCUGCCCUUGCAGCCUGCGCUUUUCACCUAAAACUCCAUAGUGUGCCCCGCUCGAACUCGAACUCGAACUCGUUGAACCUUCUUUCCUUUUUGGGGCGGCUGCGGCUAGGGCUGCCAAGUCUUUGCCAGCGUCAUAUUCCACAGUGGCCAACAUGUGGGCACUGGCGCUGGUGGCUCUCUUAGCUGGAGCAGAUGCUUCGUGCGCAGCUUCCUCGUGCGCAGCUGACACUGGGCUUCAUUCUCGGGCACUGCUGCAGCGACAUGCCAAGAAGCUUGGCUGGAGAGAAGUGGUUUGUCCAGAGAUCGAACAGAUACCCGUCUUCAUGCUGAACUUGAAGCGUCGGGUCGAUCGCCUGCAGAGCUCAUCGGCAGUUCUGGAGAAGGAGCUUCCAUGGCUACAGGUCUGCAGGGUUUCUGCCUUCGAUGGUCGGAACCUGUCAACCGUUCCACUCUCCGAUCGUUUAGUACAGCCUCCGGUGCUCCAAAGCGCCAUCGAGAACGAUGACUUCACGCGUGGUGGCCGCCUGACCACUGGCGCCGUGGCCUGCGCCUUGGGCCACGCAGUCAUGUGGGAGCACAUCGCUCAGGAGGACUUCCCCUUUGCAUUGUUGAUGGAAGAUGACCUGAGUCAAGUCCAUCCAGACUUGGUGAACUUCAUGUGUAAGCUGGCCACCGGCGGCUUCCCAGAAGAUUGGGAGAUCAUUCAGCUUGAUUUCGAUCUGGUGACCGGUGAGAGAAAGGAGGCCGUUUUCGAAGCUGGUUUGUCAAGCAAGCUGAACUUGGUGAGCGGAUCAGCAUACAACUACGGUAUGUACUUGCUGCGAAAGACCGCGGCUCAGGAACUUCUACAGCUGCAGCUGCCCAUAGGCCAGAGUUGUUCCUUGCAGAUUGAUGAUCCGAGCUGCCCGAUGCGAAAAGCUCUGAAGGCCUACAGAACUGAUGUCCCUGCAGCGCUCUUCGCUGCAUCCAGAGAGAAUGACACUGAUAUUCAGCAGUUGCACUUCCUGCAAGUCGACGAACCUCUGCCCGAUUGCCCACCGCUGGACGCCUUGAAGAUGCAGGAACCAGCCUUGCAGACGCUCUUCCCGUCGAGUUGAUUGAGCUCCGCCUAUGCGGCGCUCCGUCGCUCCGAGAGCGCCUCCUGAGCGCCGCCCGUUUGGUGCCCGUGCGCUUGAGCGUCACCCGGGUCGCGUCACCCGGAAGCCGAA